CAACCCUUCUGAAUGCGCGGCCCACGAGGCGCUUGGCGGAAACAGAACCUUCGCGCACGGCUCCGUAGUGAAGGGGAAGGUUUGCUGGAUGGGACAUGAGGGCGGCGGUUUGCAACAGGAAGCAUAUCCCCAUCAGUCAUGGCUGUGGACAUUACGCUGCUGUUCAAAGCCAGUGUGAAGACGGUGAAGACCCGGAAUAAGGCGCUGGGGGUCCCGCUAGGCGGCACCGAGAGCUGCCGUGACGAUGUACUCUUGCUCAAGCGAGGAGGCAGCCCCCGGUCCAGAAGCGAUUUCACCGGCAAGGCCCGCGAAGUGGUCAAUAAUAUCGGGAAAUUGAAAGAUUUCCUUCUGCAGCACAGGAAGGAAUACAUUAAUGCCUACAGCCAUGUCAUGUCUGAAUAUGUGCGAAUGACUGACAAUGAGCGAGAUCAGAUUGACCAAGAUGCCCAGAUAUUCAUGAGGACUUGUGCUGAUGCCAUUCAGCAGCUCAGAACAGAAGCUCACAAAGACAUUCAUUCCCCACAAGUGAAGCAACACAGAGAAGCUGUUUUGGAUUUCAUUGGAGACUAUUUAAAAAGAGUAUGUAAACUGUAUUCAGAACAAAGAGCUAUCCGGGUGAAGCGAGUUGUUGAUAAGAAAAGAUUAUCCAGGCUUGAACAUGAACAGAAUAAUAAAUCCAAAAUGGCUUCUUCUCCUGAAAUCACUGUUCAGACUGCAGAAGAAUUGGAGGAAAAACCUUUUUCUGAAGUCAGCAAAGACAAGAAAAUGAUAGAUGAACAUGCUAAUUUUGGACUUUGGGAGGAUGGCAGAGGAGGAGAAGAAGAGCUUUCACCUGAAGAAAUCCAAAUGUUUGAGCAGGAAAACCAACGCCUUAUUGGUGAAAUGAACAGUCUGUUUGAUGAAGUCAGACAAAUAGAAGGGAAGGUGGUUGAAAUAUCUAGACUUCAAGAGAUAUUCACAGAAAAAGUCUUACAACAAGAAGCUGAAAUUGACAGUAUCCAUCAGAUAGUUGUGGGUACAACUGAGAACAUUAAGGAAGGCAAUGAAGACAUAAGAGAGGCAAUCAAGAACAAUGCUGGAUUUCGUGUGUGGAUCCUCUUCUUCCUUGUCAUGUGCUCUUUUUCUUUGUUAUUCCUGGACUGGUAUGGUAGCUAACCUUGAUUGAAGCUUGCUUGAAGCCAUGUUUAAUCUGAAGAUGUCUUCCCUGCAACACUGUUAGUAUUUCAUAAAACAUCAUGGUGGAAAUAUCUUUUUUUUACUUUACUUUUUACUUUAUUUAGACUUGUACCCCACCCCUCUAAACAAAGUCUACUCAUACACCUACAUCAUAAAUCUACACACAUCUGCAUUCUUGAGACAAAUACUCGGGUUGCAUUUAUACAGCACUCAAUAAUUUCCUGGAACAGGACAAAUCUUUAAACAGCUAACAGACUGAAACUGGGCAAGUGGCAGGGAAAUCUCAAUAAAAGUGUAAUGACAGUCAUUUCAACAGGACAUCAUGGAGCUAGUGAAAUGUACACAAACAAAACUGUUGUGGUGAAUGAGCAGGAGACACUUUAGCCAUCUAUCCAAUAUUUAUUUUAAUCCCCCGAUUCUCACUAAAUUUAAAAAAAUGUUCAUAUGAAUUGCAUGUUAUAGUCCUGUAAUAUCAGUCAAUUAACAAGGCAGUGACUCCCACUGCAAGAAUUGUAUUGAAGAUAACACAAAAUUUAUUUGUCACAGUUUUGAAGUUGCUGUAUGUGAAGCAUAUAAUAUACAUAUCAUUGCAGUGUAAUGAAACAUGAACAUAUCUAAUGCAUUUAUGUCCAAGAAUUUUGGAUACAAAAAUCUGUUGUAAAUUACAACAGUUUAACUGCUGGCCAAAGUGAACCUACCUGAAGCUAUGCAGAAAGUCCAAAAUUGCUUUGUUGUUUUGUAAAGGAAUGAGUUCACCCACAACUGACACUGCAAUUUACAGUGGAUGAGUUUUGCUGUCUUCUCUUAAAAAUUAAAAAAAAACAUUGUACACCACCACAAAGAACAAAUAAUCCAAAUUCUUCAGCCAUUGCUGUGUAGCACAAUUAUAAUUUGCAAUAUGUCUGGGAAAACUAGAGGGAAUUUUAUUGCAAAUGGAACAAUGGAAAUCCUUCAGUUUUGAUUUCUCUUAAGUUCAGUAUCCAUGUAUGCAAACAUACUGAGUUUGAGAAACAUGAUCAUAUUUUACUUUACAGAGUGAAAAUGUCAAAAAUUACAUGUGCAUUCACAUUCAACAAAGUACUGAUUACUAGGAAAUACAAACAUGGUAUUGUUGACUACAUUCAUACAGGGCAGAAAUUUUAAAAAUGCAAAAGAAAGAUUUGGCACAUAAUUUAUUGCUCUUAUACAUUCCACACAGCAAUACUGACAUACUAAAAUAUAUUUUACAACACAUAACUAUGUCCUGUGCUAAAAAAUUUCCAAAUGGAAAAGCAACUGGCAUUUUCUAAGUGGACUGUGCUGCUUAAAUGUAUUGAAAAGAAACAUAACCUAGAAGUGGAACUAACCAUGUUUGUUCUACUAAAUAUGUUGGGGAAAGAGAAAUAUUCAUGUUUGCAAAACAAGUUUCUAUGAAAAUAAUGAAACUUUUGACAAGUCCACUGGAAUAUAGCAGUUCAGAACAUAAUCAAAAUGACAGCUGUAGUUAGCUAAAUGGUUUAAUUACAGUGACAUAAAUUGAGUCCAAAGUCAUUCUAGUGUGGUAUUUUUUUUUUAAACAGUGAUGCUUUUGCAACAUGACCACCACUGGUUGGAAACAUUACUCUGAUGUCUCUACAAUACAGCCACAGCACAGUAGCACAACACUGGAGAUGUGAGGAACAGGCCAGAGCCAACUCUAACCUGUUUUCAGUCCAGGCAUGCUGCAGCAUUCCACUACACAUUGACCAUCAAUGCUUAAGCCACUAUGCCCAUGUUUAAAGUUAAUGAAAUGUAUUUAGAAAGCUUUUUAAAAAAAAAAAAUGUAAGAAUUUAGGAAUCUGUCAACAUAAUAAAAGUUCAGCUACCAUUUUAA